CUUCUUCGAACGGCCGGUCGUCUUUCCCGAUUUUUCUUCUGAUAAUGUGUUCUGGCAGUCCCAGAUGCUUCCCUCCUUUUGUCUACCUCAUGUUUCGACGCAUGUUGAUGUUCCUGAUGCUGGACAGCUCAUUAUCUUGAUUGAUUCGGAACCAGUUUCCAGGUGCUUUUAUUCUCCAAGCGGUCGAAGAGAAGUGGUAUCUGCGAUUGACCAGUUGACGUCCACAGCCCGAUUAGAGUACUUACGAACGUUUCUCGCCCUUUUUUUAACGGCCUUAUUACUCUCGCUGGGCAAAAAAAAAAACAUCUCUUGGACGGUUUAUAAUUCCCAUUGA